GUCACGUGAUGUUACAUUAGCUCGGUGACUCUGCUAUGUUUGUCGUUUGCAUUAACGUUUUAAAAAUGCCGCAUUUUUCGCUUUUGUCGGUUCACCUUCGUCGGAGGGUGCCCCGCGGCUGCCCCAAGACCCGUUUACAUCGACGCCGGGAGCAGAAUUUGAUUGAGAAAACGGCCGCUGUGGGGCCGCGCGUCACGUGACCAGCAUGCGGCGGAGCGUUUGAUAAAAAGAUGGCGUGAGCGCGGCGGAGCGGAGAGGACAACAACCCGCCGAUCGACAGACCGUCCAACCGACCGCCAGAUGGAUCCUGGACAGGAUUUACUUCUCGCUGCCCUAAGUGAGAGUGGCAUUUGCCCAAAUGAUAUUGGCCUAUUUGAUGUUGAUUCUCAGGAUGUUGCACAGCCCUCUACAACCCAGCAAUCUAUCUCCAUCAAUGCCCUGGAUGUUGGCGUGGGGGCAGAGACAGUGGAAGUUGUUCGAACUGAGCCUCCAGCUCCAGUCCCUAUAGUUACUUUCAGGCACAAACCUCAGCCAUCAACCACCACAUUUGUCUUAAAUCAGCUGAAUCAGUUGCCGUCGCUAGGAGCUGUCGCAACCAAACAAUCAGUUACAAACCCCAUCAAACACACCAUAACGGUCACCAAGGUGGUCCAUGUUGCUAAUUCAGCCCUGCGAGGUUCAUCCACCCCCUCCUCCACAACUGUUCCUCCUUCAGCUUCCACAGUCGUGCCUUCGAACAGAGAACAGCAGAUUCAGUUGAAAGAUCUUCUUAGGACCGGCCAUGUGAAGAGCACUGGCCUAAAGGGCAACAGUCUAAUGGAGCUGAUGAAGCUAAAGCCUCCACCUGACAUUGCUCCACCAGUAGCAACAGCUACAGGUCCAAGUGAAAUUAACAAUGGGAUCAAGAAGGAAGUAAUGGGUAAAGAUGCUGCCAGGAUCUGGAUUAGUGAUGACAUUAAAAUGCAAAACUUUUCACAUCCUCUGAAACCCCCAGGGAUGAAAGAAGAGGAUGAGCCUGAGGAGGAAGAGGAAGAUGAGUUGGGUCAUGCAGAGACUUAUGCAGAGUACAUGCCAAUGAAAUUAAAGAUUGGCCUGCGGCAUCCUGAUCCCGUGGUGGAGACCAGUUCCCUGUCCAGCGUCAACCCUCCAGAUGUGUGGUACCGACUGUCCAUCCCGGAGGAAACCAUUGAUCGGGGCAGCCUGUCUGCUCUGCAGCUGGAAGCCAUCACGUACGCAGCUCAGCAACACGAGACAUUCCUCCCCAGCGGUGACCGAGCUGCCUAUUUGAUCGGGGAUGGAGCUGGUGUGGGGAAAGGCCGAACCAUUGCAGGGAUCAUCUAUGAAAAUUACCUUUUAGGCCGGAAGAGAUCACUUUGGUUUAGUGUCUCAAAUGAUCUGAAGUAUGAUGCUGAACGGGAUUUAAGGGAUAUUGGAGCCAAAAACAUUCAGGUUCAUUCACUGAACAAGUUCAAAUAUGGCAAAAUCUCCUCAAAACACAACGGCAGUGUGAAGAAAGGUGUGAUCUUCGCCACCUACUCCUCCUUGAUAGGAGAGAGCCAAUCAGGAGGCAAGUACAAGACGAGAUUUGAACAGCUUCUCCACUGGUGCGGGGAGGACUUUGAUGGAGUUAUUGUCUAUGACGAGUGUCACAAAGCCAAAAAUGUGUGUCCAAUUGGUUCUUCCAAACCUACGAAAACCGGGCUCGCGGUGUUGGAACUGCAGAACAAACUCCCCAAGGCUCGGGUUGUGUAUGCAAGUGCUACAGGUGCCUCUGAACCUCGGAACAUGGCCUACAUGAACCGGCUGGGCAUCUGGGGGCACAAAACACCCUUCAGAGAAUUUGGCAACUUUAUUCAAGCUGUUGAGCGCAGAGGUGUUGGUGCCAUGGAAAUAGUAGCUAUGGACAUGAAACUGAGGGGGAUGUACAUAGCGAGGCAGUUGAGUUUUACAGGUGUGACUUUCAAGAUCGAGGAGGUUCCCCUGACUCAGAAGUACAUCUACAUGUACAACAAGUCUGUGAGGCUGUGGGUGAGUGCACGUGAGAAGUUCCAGCAGGCUGCGAAUCUGAUGGAUGCAGAACAACGCAUGAAGAAGUCCAUGUGGGGCCAGUUCUGGUCUGCUCACCAGCGAUUCUUCAAAUAUCUCUGCAUUGCAUCCAAAGUCCGCAGAGUGGUGCAGCUGGCCAGAGAGGAUGUCCAGAAUGGGAAGUGUGUGGUGAUUGGUCUUCAGUCCACCGGUGAGGCGAGAACACUGGAGGCCUUGGAGGAAGGAGGAGGAGAACUCAAUGACUUCGUGUCGACUGCAAAAGGUGUGCUGCAGUCCCUGAUUGAGAAGCACUUCCCAGCUCCAGACAGACAGAAGCUUUACAGCCUGUUAGGCAUCGACCUCUCAGCGAAGAAGACGCCCUCUCCCAGUGAAACCGCAGCGAAGCCUGAACAGAAAGGCAAGAAGAGGAAAGGUUCAGAGGUCAAAAAGCAGCAGAAAAAGAGGCCUCGCAAACACGGUGGUCUGUCGGGUACGAGCUCGGAGGAGAGCCAGUCGGAGGAUUCGGACAGAGACUCCGGUAAAGACUGCGACAGUGACGACAGCUUAAAGUCUGUCAGCUCAGCAGACGAAGACGACGAUUUCAACCCAUUCAGAGACGAGUCCGGCGACGACGAGGAAGACGAUCCCUGGCUAAUCAGAAAGGAACCAAAGAAAGGGAAAGAAAAGAAGAAGAAAAAGAGAAGGAAGAGCAUCGAUCCAGACUCCAUUCAAAGUGCCUUGUUAGCCUCCGGGCUGGGCUCCACCAGGCCUGCUUUCACUGCCCCCGUUAACCCCCCCAGCGCCCCUGCCACAGUCAAGCCGGAGAUUCAGGAUACCUGUCUGACAAGUCAGGACGCAGUGGAACAUGCCCAGAAAAUGAAGAAAGAUCUGCUGGAAAAACUUGAGCAGCUGGCAGAGGAUCUACCUCCCAACACUCUGGACGAGCUCAUCGAUGAACUGGGUGGACCUGACAAUGUCGCUGAGAUGACCGGACGUAAAGGUCGUGUGGUCAGUAAUGACGACGGCAGCAUCACCUAUGAGUCUCGCUCUGAGCUGGAUGUCCCGGUGGAAAUCCUCAACCUCACAGAGAAGCAGAGGUUCAUGGAUGGAGAGAAGAACAUAGCCAUCAUCUCAGAGGCUGCCAGCUCAGGUAUAUCCCUGCAGGCCGAUCGUCGAGUGAAGAACCAGCGGCGGAGAGUCCACAUGACACUAGAGCUACCGUGGAGUGCAGACAGAGCUAUACAGCAGUUCGGGAGAACUCACAGGUCAAACCAGGUCACGGCUCCAGAAUAUGUCUUCCUCAUAUCGGAGCUUGCAGGAGAGCAGAGAUUCGCAUCCAUUGUUGCCAAAAGACUUGAAAGCCUGGGGGCUCUCACUCACGGAGACCGAAGAGCAACAGAAACCAGGGAUCUCAGCCGGUUUAACUUUGACAACAAAUACGGCAGGAACGCUCUGGAAAUUGUGAUGAAGUCGAUCGUAAAGCUCGAUUCUCCAUUAGUGUCUCCGCCCUCUGACUUUAAAGGGGACUUCUUCAAAGAAAUUCAAAGUGGAUUAAUAGGUGUGGGCCUGAUAAAUGUGGAGGACAGAUCUGGCACGCUCUCGCUGGACAAAGACUACAACAACAUCGGGAAGUUCCUGAACCGUAUUUUGGGCAUGGAGGUGCAGCAGCAGAACGCCUUGUUCCAGUACUUUUCUGACACACUGGCAGCAGUCAUACAGGAAGCCAAGAAGAAUGGCAGAUAUGAUAUGGGCAUUCUCGAUCUGGGCUCCGGUGAUGAGAAGGUGAAGAAGGUCGACUGCAGGAAAUUCCUAACGCCAGGCUACACCACAUCAGGACAUGUGGAACUCUUCACCGUGAGUGUGGAGAGAGGAAUGUCGUGGGAAGAAGCCACACAUGCUUGGGCAGAUCAGAAUGGACCAGAUGACGGUUUCUAUGUACAGAUGAGGAACAACAAGAAAACAGCCAUACUGGUCAAAGAGGUGAACACCAAGAAGCGGCUGUUCCUGGUGCACAGGCCAAACACCGGCAAACAACUCAAACUGGAGACGUACACAGACAUCAAGAAGAAGUUUAAAAAGGUCUUGUCAGAAGACGCUAAGCAGCACUGGACUGACCAGUACAAGUCGUCUGCAAGAAUCUGCUCUCAUGCAUAUUGGCGGGGGAACUGUAAGAAGGCGUCGGUGGGUCUGCAGUGUGAAGUCGGUCUCCGGUGCAGGACGUACUACGUUCUGUGCGGCUCGGUGCUCAGCGUGUGGAACGAGCUGGAGGAAGUGCUAACGCCGGUCAGCGGAACCAAUGUGAAGGUGCAGAUCGUCCGCCUCAGAACAGAAGACGGACAGAGGAUAGUUGGUCUGAUCAUUCCAGCGAACUGUGUGUCUCCAUUAAUUAACAAGCUGUCGACGUCGGACCAGUGCCAGCAGCUGGCUGUGCAGGAGCAGCAGAAGCGCCAGCAGCUCCACCCUCAAAGUCUGAGUCACGCACCCAACACAUAGUUUGAGGUGGACCGCUUGGCUUCAUGGGAGUCGAUCCCAUCUCCACCCCUUGAGUUCACGUCCCAUUCUAAAGGGAUCUGGCUCCAUCAAUGUCUAUCUCUGCACUGCAGGCUCCAGGACCGCCGUCCCUCGUUGUGCACCCUCACGCCCCCUUUUUCCCAUCGUCGAGGGUCAGGUGUUGCACCGAGCUGUCGUGGUUCUCAGAUGUAAAGCAGUGGUUGUACAGAGAGAAGAUUUCAGGGUUUUUUCUUUUAAUUUUAAUCUCCAGAGACUCUUGUUUUCACCUAGAGCGAUUUGACAGGUGAUGUAUUGUCCUCUGACAUUCAGAGUGAAAAGAUUUGUGAUAUAUUGGUCCAGACAGAGUUUAAACCUAGAGAGCCUGUGGCUGUUAUCCACUCCUCACACAUGCUUUAGUCUGUUUAGUCCAGAUUACCUGGUAUGAAGCAAAGACUUUUAUUUCUUGGUCCAGACCAAAGGUGGACGAGACAAAGACAACUAUGUCUUUCAGAGCCGGAGAACUUCUUAGUCAUUAAACAAAAAAAAUAGCAUUUAAUGCUGAACUACAAUCCCAUAGUAAUAUAUGAUGAGCACUGUUAGUCAGUUUUUCCCUCCUCGUUAUUGUUCAGCACUAACGGAGAGAGAGAAUUGGUUCUUUGUCCUUUGACUAUUACUCCAGUUAACUGCAGGAAACCUGAUGUGUGCUGUUUUCUGAUGCUUUGUAGACGUUUUCACUCACGAGACAAAGACCAAAAUGUCAUUACUGUCAAAAACCUCUUUCAUCACUAUCACAGACCAGUUUGCUUUUGCUUUUAUCUUUGUUUUGCACAUGGAUCUCAAAGUGAUCAAAGUUCCUUGGUUCCUUUUUUUUUUUUUUUUUAAUUCCAUUUUCAUAAUUGUGUUCCUCUUUGUCUAUAACCGUCAGGAGUUUGUCAAAUGUGCCUUUGUAUCAGUAGAAACAGCCGCUGCAGUCAGGCACCUUUACAAAGCACUAACAAGGAAAGAUUUGGUUCAGUGUCAGCUGUCCGCUUUCUCUAUUUAUAGCAGGUGAAAGUAAGAAAAUAAUGUUGACACAGUUAAACAUCAGAGGAAUAAGCUAAGCUUGUGUUAUCAACAAACCGGCCUUUCUUUCCAGACAAUGGAUAUUUGGUUUAUGCAGUCAGAGCUGCACAGUGUUUUCAUUACAAAUGAAAAUGUAAAAAAAAAAAAAAAGUCUCCCUGCUUUUAAUAAGCAGCAAUCACACACUUAAUCAAUUGUUUAAAUCGCACUAUAAUGUGGUUAUAAGCAGAUAUAAAGACAUUUUGUUCAGUGUUUAACAGUUACAACUUCUCCUAUGAAGAUGCAUUUUAUAUUACAACUGUGUUUUAAUAUACUGUCAUUCAUCUCUUUAUACACCAGUAUCCACUUAUGGGUGUCCACAGGAGUUACCUAGUUGACAAAUACAUUAACAAACACUUAAAUCUGUUUAUAGUCAAAUUAUCGUGUGUGAUAAAGCAUUUAUUAAAUGUUUGUUUAUUGCUUAUAAAUGCUAAAUAUUGGGACGUGAUGUUGCUACAGAUGUUACUGCUGUUUUAUUUCAGCAGUUAAGAUUUGAGCUUCUUGAUCCCAGUCAAUCAAAACACUUUAUUUUUGUAGAAUGAAUAAAAAAAAAAAAAAAAAACCCACCUUUGGUCUUUACCUCGACUUUGCCUCAGUCAACUUAUUCCUGGUGUUGGUGUUGGUGAUGCCUGGCUGAACUAGCUGUUAAUUCAAAUGAAAAACAAACACUAUAAAGCAGCCAAGGAAUUCUGAGAAAUGAGAAAUGCAUGUCCUUGACAAAGACCCAUCACUUUCUGAUUUUUGAGCAGGUUUCAGAGCAGCCACAGUGAUGUGCUCAGAUGUUUUCUUUCCGAUUUUUUCUUCCCCUUCUUUGCCUUUUUUUUUUUUUUUUAAAUGGAAAUCCGCUCAGGGGUUAAACUCAUACAAAGACCCUCUUUGAAAAACAAAACAAAGAAAAUCUUGGGUUUUACAGUGUAUCUGAAACGCAUGACUACACCUCUACUCAGUGAUGUUACUCUGGCUCUGUCUACAGCUGUGUUCACAGCUCCUUAUCUUCACAGUACAUGUUCCUAAAACACCUCUCUCUAAUCCCUCUGCUUUCUUGAGCCCAGGUGUAAUUAAAUUCAAUGAUUGCUUCUGUUGAAUAGUGUACCUCUUUGCCUCCUCAGUCCUGUAUUGCAUUAUACUCGAUCUGCACUGGAAGGGACAGACCAAAGUCUGGAUACAUGAGCUGUCCUAAUAGCUGAUAAUUAAAGAUGUGUUUUCUGCCACAGUGCGCUCGGACACAUCUGAACCUGUGGAUUAGUUUCUGUUAUUAAGUGUGUGUGUUCUCUCCUGGUUUUCAUUGAUGCAUUUAAAGGCAGGUGAAAAAGGAAGGAAAAAGUCUUUGUAUCAUACCAAUGUGGAUUUUGUACAAUUUGUAAAAGGAUCCAAACUGAAAUUUCUUCAUGCAGCACAUCUCAACUGUUGGGGACAGUAUAUGAGGAAAAGGCCUUGAUGAAAAAUAUCUGUAAGGUCUGCUCUCGAAAUUCAAAGUCACAUAUUUUAACUUCUUGAAUGUGCACCAUAUAUAAGCCAACAAACUCAUGUUUUUAUUUUGUCUUUUGAGAUGUCGUGUACAUGAGCUGCUGACGUGAUGGUAACAUUGUUUUUGAGUGACGUUAAAAAGUCACGGCAGAUCGGCUCCUCUGACGUUGAAACACUUGAAGGACUUUUCGUUUUCUUUUUCUUUUCUUUUAUCAUUGCACGAGUUGCACUACUGACAAGAGUUGUACAAAAAUUCGACAUUACCUGUACAUGAAUGAGUGCGAUGCUCAAUAAAGCUUGGUAUACUUCUA